ACGAGCUUAUCCGAGAGUAAUUUUGUAAUGGCGGCGGCACAUCAGCUGAUUAGAAAACCGUCAUAUGACAUUUCAUACUAUUAUAAUAGUUAUAAUCUGUAAUUUCUAUUGCACAGUUUGAAACAUAGAGUACGUUGGUUUGAAAAAGUAAAGUGUCACACACUUUUCAAUCUUCCUUGGUUACAUUUGGAAAUUUGCGAUUUGUUUUAUAAAAUAUUAACACCUCGCUACGAUGCAACGAUUAAGAAAUAUGAUCGAAGAUUCCGACAGUGAUGAUGACUAUGUGCCGAGACGUCCAAGGUGGAUCAAGGAAAGAGUCAAUUACUUUGAUGAUUAUGAUGAUCAUGACUUUGCUAUUAGAUUUCGUUUAUCCAAGGAAUCCACUCUAUGUUUGUUAGAUAAAUUAGAACACAAGUUGGAAUAUUCAUCAGACCGAAAUUUCUCCAUAUCGCCUAUAAAUCAGCUGUUAGCGACCUUAAGAUUCUAUGCAACUAAUUCGACACAGAUGAGUAUUGGUGACUACUGUGGUAUGAGCACUCCCACUGCAAAUAAAAUAAUACACCAAGUAACUGCUGCAAUAGCUUCACUACAUAAUGAAUUCAUCAAGUUUCCUACAACGAACAGAGAAAUGAGGAAAGAACAGGAUGCAUUUUAUCGUAUAGCUCGCUUUCCAAGGGCUAUUGGCGCAAUGGAUUGCACCCAUAUUCGUAUUGCAUCUGUUCCAUUAAGAUUACAAGUAGGUGGUGAGCAAGCCGAACUAUUCAGAAACAGAAAAGGAUAUUUCUCUAUUAAUGUGCAGACCAUCAGCAACGCUAAUCUAGAAAUUACAGAUAUAGUAGCUAGAUGGCCAGGAUCGGCCCAUGAUAGCACAAUAUUUAAUAAUAGCUACAUUAAAGCCCAGUUUGAAUCUGGUAAGUAUGGUGAGGCACUUUUGUUGUAGACGGAGGUUAUGCAUCAACUGCUUACAUGAUGCCACCAAUAGAGCACCCCACACUACCAGUGGAACAACUGUAUAACGAAUCGCAGAUUAGAACACGCAAUCCUGUGGAAAGGAGCUAUGGGGUCUGGAAGAGACGUUUUCCAGUAUUGGCACUUGGGAUGCGUAUUAAGCUGGAUAAAAUUUUAAAUGUUAUUAUUGCCACUGCCGUGCUUCACAACAUAUUGAGACGCAGAGGAGAAGAAGUUCCUCCAGAUGAUCCCGAAAUUGAUCUACCAGCACCAUGGUUUGAACUUCUAAGAGAUGGGCAAGUUUCCUCUGCUGAUGUAGCAUCACAAUCCACUCGAAAUCGGGGACGAGAUUCAUUAAUAUCUAAU